AUGGAUCAUCCUCAACCAUCAGCGCACGAAUCGUGGUGGGCACCCAUCUCCGUCGAUGUCCUCCUCAAGGUCCUCAACGUUACGCUGUUACAUCCUUUCGUAGCAUGGAUCAUUCCUCUCUGCUUCCGCGCCGAGCAUCAGGCUUGGAACACCAACCCUAUGGUAGUCAGCAUUGUAUGGGCUACAUUCGUCACUUUCCUAUGGAUGGGAAACGUUAUAAGUCACAAGAUCGCGUAUGGAAUGCACCGGGAGGUCGACUUGACUGAGGAGGUCAUUGUAAUAACGGGCGGUGCCAGCGGUCUUGGCCUGUUAAUUGCUGAGGUAUAUGGCAUGCGAGGUGCCACCAUCGCGGUUUUGGAUACCGCCGAAUUAGAAAGUACAGAAGCCCGCGGCAUUACUUAUUAUAAGUGUGACGUACGAGAUAAGGCACAGAUUGCUAGAGUUGCAACAGAGAUAGAGCGCGACCUCGGAACACCUACCGUCCUAAUCAACAAUGCUGCCGAGGUUGUUGGAAAGAAGCUACUCGAUAUGGAUCUAGAGGAAGUCGAAAAAAGCAUUACAACGAACCUCCUAUCGCACUUCUACACUAUCAAGACGUUUCUGCCGGGGAUGAUUCGUAAUGAGACCGGCGGCACUAUUGUAACCCUCUCUAGCGUUAUUGGUCACCUCGGUGCAGCUCGGCUCACAGACUACGCUGCUGCCAAGGCAGGAGUGACGGCUCUGCACAAGUCUCUCGCUGCCGAGCUGCAGGAAUACCCAGAGAUCAAAACUAUCCUCGUAACGCCGGGCCAGCUAAGCACACCACUCUUCUACGGCGUAAAGACUCCCAAUCCUUUCAUCGCCCCGGUAGUCGAGCCCAUAGAAGUGGCCAAGGAGAUAAUAAAGGCUAUCGAUCUCGGCUUAAGCGAUCACAUCGGCAUGCCCCUCUACGCGCGCUGGGUGGAUUGGUACAACGUGUUGCCAGUGGGUCUACAGAAGAUUGCGCGGAGAAUUUCCGGCGUAGACAGCGGUAUGACUACGUUCAUAGGUCGUAGGGGGACUCAACUGAGCGAGAAGAACGGGCACUUGAUCUAA